AUGGCGGGUAUGAGUGCGUCGGGCUCCGGCACAGUUUCAGCCGCAGGACCGGUUCAGCAGGGACUUAAGGUAGCCCUUAUAGAGACAUUAACGGCUAUUCUGUCUCCAGUCCAAGAAGUUCGAGCUGCUGCAGAAGAGCAAAUAAAAGUUUUGGAAGUGACGGAGGAGUUUGGAGUUCAUCUUGCAGAACUUACUGUGGAUCCCCAGGGAGCUCUUGCUAUUCGGCAGCUAGCCUCAGUUAUCCUGAAACAGUAUGUUGAGACCCACUGGUGCUCACAGUCAGAGAAGUUCAGGCCCCCAGAGACGACUGACAGGGCCAAGGCAGCUAUCCGUGAAUUGCUGCCCGGAGGCCUGCGAGAAGCCAUCAGUAAAGUGCGCUCAAGCGUGGCUUAUGCUGUGUCAGCCAUUGCACACUGGGACUGGCCAGAAGCCUGGCCACAGCUCUUUACACUCCUCAUGGACAUGCUAGUCAGUGGGGAUGUCAAUGCAGUACACGGGGCCAUGAGGGUCCUGACAGAGUUUACACGAGAGGUUACAGAUACUCAGAUGCCACUGGUUGCCCCUGUCAUUUUACCUGAGAUGUAUAAGAUCUUCACAAUGGCAGAGGUUUACAGUAUUCGGACACGAUCCAGAGCUGUUGAGAUCUUUACCACUUGUGCCAACCUCAUCUGUGCCAUUGAGGAACUGGAGAAGGGUGCAGCCAAAGCCUUGAUCUUUCCUGUGGUGCAGCAGUUCACUGAGGCCUUUGUGCAGGCCCUGCAGAUGCCUGACGGGCCCUCCUCAGACAGUGGCCUCAAGAUGGAGGUCCUCAAGGCUGUCACAGCUCUGGUGAAGAACUUCCCCAAACCCAUGGUGUCUUCUAUGCAGCAGAUUCUGCCGAUUGUGUGGAACACCUUGACAGAAAGUGCCUCCUUCUAUGUAAGGACAGAGGUGAAUUACACAGAGGAAGUGGAUGAUCCUGUUGAUUCAGAUGGAGAGGUUCUUGGAUUUGAGAACCUGGUGUUCAGCAUCUUUGAGUUUGUCCAUACGUUGCUGGAGAACAACAAGUUUAAGAGCACAGUCAAGAAAGCUUUGCCAGAGCUGAUAUACUACAUCAUCCUUUACAUGCAGAUCACAGAGGAUCAGAUCAAAGUGUGGACAGCCAAUCCACAACAGUUUGUUGAGGAUGAGGAUGAUGACACCUUCUCGUAUUCUGUACGCAUAUCGGCACAGGACUUAUUGCUGGCUGUGGCAGCAGAGUUCCAGAAUGAGAGUGCAGUCGCGUUAGCGGCUGCUGCCACCAGGCACCUGCAGGAGGCUGAGCAGGCCAAGAACAGCGGGGAUGAGCACUGGUGGAAAAUCCAUGAGGCCUGCAUGCUUGCUUUGGGUUCGGUCAAAGCAAUCAUCACAGAGAAUGUGAAAAACGGCCGCAUACAGUUUGACAUGCACGGUUUCCUUGCUAAUGUGAUCCUUGCUGACCUCAACCUGGCAGCGGCCUCCCCUUUCCUGCUCGGCCGAGCUCUGUGGGCGGCCAGCCGCUUCACCGCAGCCAUGUCACCUGAACUCAUCCAGCAGUUCCUCCAGGCCACAGUUAGUGGCCUACACGACAGUCAGCCACCCUCCGUCCGCAUCUCUGCUGUGCGAGCCAUCUUUGGGUACUGUGAUCAGCUAAAGUUGUCAGAGAGUACCCAUGUCCUGCAGCCCUUCCUGCCCAGUAUCCUGGAAGGACUGGUGCAACUGGCAGCUCAGUUCAGUUCUGAAGUCCUGACUCUGGUCAUGGAGACACUGUGCAUUGUGUGCACAGUGGAUCCAGCUUUCACCACUAGUGCUGAAAACAAAAUCUGCCCUCUCACCAUUGCCAUCUUUCUCAAGUACAGUAACGAUCCUGUGGUGGCGUCUUUAGCUCAGGACAUCUUUAAGGAGCUGGCUCAGAUCGAGGCUUGUCAGGGACCUAUGCAGAUGCGACUCAUCCCCACACUCAUAAGCAUUAUGCAGGCCCCUCCAGACAAGAUUCCUUCAGGCUUGUGUGCUACAGCCAUAGAUAUCCUGACCACGGUUGUCCGGAACACGAAGCCACCUCUGUCUGAGAUGCUCAUAUGCCAGGCUUUUCCUGUGGUGGCUCAAUGCACACUUCGCACAGAUGACAACACAACAAUGCAGAAUGGUGGUGAGUGCUUGCGGGCCUAUGUCUCUGUAGCACUGGAACAGGUUGGUCAAUGGAGAGAUGAACAGGGCCACAGUGGCUUGUGGUAUGUAAUGCAGGUGGUCAACCAGCUCCUGGACCCCCGAACGUCUGAGUUCACUGCUGCCUUUGUGGGACGUCUGGUAUCUACACUCAUAGCACGAGCCGGCACUCAGCUGGGUGACCAGCUAGACCAAAUUCUGCGUGCCAUCCUCAGCAAGAUGCAACAGGCCGAGACCCUCAGUGUUAUGCAGUCUCUGAUUAUGGUGUUUGCCCACCUCGUCCACUCACAACUGGAGCCACUGCUGGAGUUCUUGUGCAGUCUUCCUGGUCCAACGGGUAAACCUGCCCUGGAGUUUGUCAUGACUGAGUGGAUGAGCCGCCAGCAUCUCUUCUAUGGCCAGUAUGAGGGUAAAGUUAGCACUGUGGCCUUGUGUAAAUUGCUGCAGCAUGGUCUCAAUACCAAUGACAAGCGCCUGCAGGAUAUAGUGGUCAAAGGAGAGGAAAUCUUCAGUCCGGAUGAGGGGAUCCGCACACGCUCCAAGGCUGCCAAGAAUCCUGAGCGAUGGACCAACAUUCCUUUGUUGGUAAAGAUCUUUAAACUCAUUGUCAAUGAACUGUCAUCAGUGGUGGAGGCCAAUGCAACAAGAGCCAACGCUGCAGACUGGAGCCAAGACUCCGGGGGAAUGUGGGAAGACCAAGAAGGAGAGGAGGAGGAGGAUGAAGAUGAUGAAGGGCUGGCAGGACAGCUGCUCUCUGACCUCAUUGCUUCCAACAAAUAUGAUGAUGAUUAUUAUGAAGAUGAUGAUGAGGAAGACCCAGACGCUUUGAAGGAUCCCAUAUAUCAAAUUGAUCUCCAGGCCUAUCUGACAGACUUCCUGACUCAGUUUGCACAACAGCCGUGCUACAGCAUGUUCUCGGGCCAUUUAAAUGAAACUGAGAGGAGAGUCUUACAAUCCAUCGGCAUAUAAGCACCACCUGUCCCCAGCAUCACUCCUAAACACUUUCCUCCUGUCAGUCUGAAGUGCUCACUCACCCUCUCCAAACUUUUGAGUAUUGGAAUGUCUUCUAAAUGCCUUUUAGGUGUCUCUCUUCAAUACCAUUCUCGAAAGAGGACUACGGAGGUAAAACGAUUGAAACGCACACACCCUGAGCCCAAACCUACAUUUGAAGUGAAGGAAUCCUGAGGUGGACGUAUUUGAAAGAUACAGGAACAGUGUAAAAGAGGAAUGAGGAGAUGGGCACCUUGAUUUGAUCCCAGGAAGGACUGGGCAGUCAGAUCUACAAUGGAUGUUUUGGUUAGCAAGACACUCUUGGUCCAGUGGACUUGAAGGAGCUUUGAACAUGACAAUGGGGUUGAGUGAUCUAUGAAAAUUUAAUGGACUUGACAUCCCAGUAUGAACAAUGAAAAGGGUUCAACGGAUGCCCCUUUGUGACCCCACAUUCUACCCAGUUGUGGUGGUCUAGAAUCUGUCUCUAGAGAUAAGACACUUUAUAGGAGAAAUAAAUGUUGAACAGAAGUGGGGAAUAUUAGGUCUCUUUUCAGAAAUCACAGCUUUUUUUGUCAUGGAAACAAUCUUCUAAUGACCCUGAUGUACUUGUUGGGAUGUGUGUGUGGGUAUGAGGGAUUCGCACUGUUGCCAUGGUGAAACACAUCCUACUACUUAUCCUUGUACCCACUGGAGUUUUGGGUGAAAUUUCAAAAUAAA